CUUCUCUCGUUUUCCCGUCACAAUGCGGCUUCUUCAAGCCAUCGCGCUCCCUUUACUACUCUUUCUCUCUGUUGCGGCCAGCCCGUACCGCGACGACCUUCUAGACUAUAAUAUCAACACCAAUAAGCAGGCGACGGACCCGACACAGUAUUCCACGUCUCGCUCUAGUAACAAGUACACGCCGUCUCCCCCCAACUGGCGUGCACUCCCUGUCUAUACUCUCCUCCUCGACAAAUUCGCAGAUGGCGACCCGACUAAUAACGACUAUUUCGGCACCAUGUACGAGAAUGAUUACCGCGAAACCCAGCUCCGGUACGGCGGCGACCUCAAGGGGCUCGUUUCCAAGCUCGACUAUCUGUAUGGAAUGGGAAUUCGAGUGAUCUUCAUCUCUGGCACGCCGUUCCUCAACAUGCUGUGGCAGGCAGACAGUUAUUCUCCGCUCGACUUCUCCGUCCUAGACCCCCACUGGGGGACCAUUAGUGACUGGCGUGCAACCAUCGAUGAGAUCCACGCUCGGGGGAUGUAUCUUAUGCUGGACUUUACAGUCGGUACCAUGGCGGAUCUGAUAGGUUUCCAAGGCUUCCUGAACACGAGUACGCCGUUUGAUUUGAACGAGCACAACGCUGUAUGGAAAAACCCGGCGUACAUGCCAUGGAACUUCACACAGUACCGCGACUUUCAGAUCAUCAACGAGCGCAACACGAGUUGCGUGAUGCCUGACUUUUGGAACGAGGACGGCACCCGCAUCGUGAUCGAGACCAACGGAUGUUUGGAGUCGGACUUCGAUCAGUAUGGCGACAUGGAAGCGUUUGGUGUGCACCCCGACUGGCAACGGCAGCUGGCCAAGUUCGCGUCUGUUCAGGACCGGCUCCGAGAGUGGAAACCUUCGGUUCUGGCUCGCUUGAAGGUUUUCUCGUGUAUGGCCAUCACGGCGCUUGAUUUUGACGCGAUCCGAGUGGACAAGGCGACCCAGGUGACUGUCGACGCGCUUGCCGGCUGGGCAUCGAGCACUCGUGCUUGUGCUGCCGCUUUGGGAAAGACCAACUUCUUCAUACCGGGAGAAGUUACUGGCGGAAACACGGUCGGCUCGUUGUACAUAGGUCGCGGACGAACGCCCACUCAGCUACCCCCAGGUUACGCUGCCGUCCCCAACGUCACGGCCGACAAUUCGCAGUACUUCUUGCGGGAGAAAGGGCUCAGCGCUCUCGAUGCCGUGGCCUUCCAUUACUCGACAUACCGCGCGAUGACUCGAUUCAUGGGGAUGGACGGGAAUCUGCAGGCGGCUUACGAUGUCGACACCAAUUUCAUUACGGCCUGGCACGAGAUGUUCGUUUCGAACGAUUUGCUCAACUCCCAAUCUGGCCAACUCGAUCCCCGGCACAUGUAUGGGACCAGCAACUUUGAUGUUUUCCGUUGGCCCAGUCUGCAGAAUGGAACGCAAAUGAGCGCUUUGGGUACAUUCAUCACCAGCAUGGUCAUGCCUGGAAUGCCGCUGGCUUACUACGGCGAGGAACAGAACAUGUAUCUGUAUGACACUGGGGCAUCGAACUAUCUCUACGGCCGGCAAGCCAUGAUCGGCAACAUUGCAUGGAAGCGUCACGGAUGUUAUGGCCUGGGUUCUCAACAGUACUUCAACUUUGCGAUCGAUAAAGCGCUGCUUGGAUGCAAUGACGAAUGGAAUGCACUGGAUCACUUUGAUCCCACGGUCGACACUCGCCGCCUGUUCUCCCACUUCCUUGCUCUCCGUAGCGCCUUCCCCGUGAUCCAAGAUGGGUUUGAUGUGACCCAGCUCGGCAACUGGACGUACUACAUCGAUCGGCCCGGUUCCGACGGGGUGGCAACCGAGAUGGGACUGUGGUCCGUCUCGCGAAACACGGUGCCGGGCCAGCCAGCACUGAAUGGAUCGUACACUGGCCCAGUCUGGUUGCUUUUCAUGAAUGAGAACACGACUACGACGUACCAGCACGACUGCAACCAGGACCAAUGGAUGAAGGCCCCUACACAAGCGACACGGUCGUCCGGAAUCUGUUUGCUCCGUAUGAAACAUACACACUGACGGCAUCGGGUUCUUCGUUCAACAACGAUGGCAAGGCCCCCUACUUCGGGUGUCUUCCGAGUGUGACGGUGGAAAGCUUUGGCUUCAAGGCGCUCGUUCCUCAAGCGAACUGGGUCGCCCCACUGCCGGCCCUGACCAAAUUCACUCCAGGACAUGAUCACCGGAUCUCCGUCGUCGCCGGACAGGCCAACGCCAGCACGGUUGACAUCGCGUUUGAGUUCAACACGCAGAUGGACUGCGACAGCGUGUCUAACUCCAUGUCGUACAAUCUGUCAUCCUCGGGCCAUGGUGGGCAGGUCUCGGUGACCAAGGGUGUUUGCGCUCCCGUGACCAACGGAGAUCCGGCCCGCAUCUCUGGAGGCGACACUUCCCAGUACCGAUGGUCCGCUACCGUCUCCAACUUUGCUGAUGGUAUCCUUGCCAUCAGUAUGAAAAACCCUUCGGCUGCUGGCGCCAGUGCGUCCACUGGGGCCACUGACAAGGUGCUCCUACGGAAAGGACAGGUCAACAAUGUUAUGAUCUUCCCCGAGAACGACUACGACACCAAUUCGUCGUUUGGUUUCUCCAAUGGCCAGUACACGUUCACUCAUAACGCCUUCGGAGCCGAUCAGUUCCGUUAUUCAUGGAACUUUGGCCAGAACUGGACCAAUUGGACAAACUGGGAGGAUACGACUGUGAUUUCGGCGGAUGUGUUCCAGAACAAAGCCAACUUCUGGCAAGGAGAUCACAUCAUGGUCCAAUAUUGGAGCUCGGAAGCCUUGUCAACCUCGGCAGUGAUCCAUGCUGACUACGGGUACUCUGGCUCUCAAAGGCGCUUCCCUCAACUGCUUGCGCGUGGUCCGUUCAAUUCGUGGGGCUUGGACUCGGGUAUUUCCAGCUUGAUGACCAAGAAUGCGGAGGGUCUGUGGGAAUUGGAGAUCAUGGCAUCCUGGCCAACGUAUGUGCAGCUGAACGUGUGGAGCUACGACGACUAUUACUACGGAGACACGGAUGGGGACGGAGUGCUCGACCGACUGCCGCCUAAUACAGCCGCGCCCAACUACCUGAACAUGUCCGCCCCACCCAGUCCGCAUCUCGCUUGGGCGCUGCUUGUGGACGACGCGACCAUGACUUGGCGGCUGGAGCCUCGUGGCCAGUCGUCGAUUGGCGUGAUCAUGUACACGCUCUUGCUUGCCAUUCCACUCAUCACCGGCACGCUCGCCGUGCUCAUCUUCAUGUGGUCGUUCUACGGCAUCAAGCACAACGAAUACGGUGUCAAGACAAAGUCGCACAAGAACUAUUUCCCCAUCCUCGCACAAUGCCGACAUCAUCGGGUGGCCCGAGACAAGCACAAGCGUCGCAAAGUCCUCAUCGCCACGCUAGAGUAUGAGAUCAUCGACUGGAAGCUCAAGGUCAAGAUCGGUGGGCUCGGUGUGAUGUCCAGUUUGAUGGGAAAGGCCAUGACGGAUGUCGAUCUUGUGUGGGUUGUGCCCAAGGUCAAGGACCUCGAGUAUCCCCCCGGAGAACCCGCCGAGCCCAUCGAGGUGAUCAUCUUCGGUGAACCGUACUUGAUCGAGGUCGAGACCCACGUGCUGGACAACAUCACCUACGUGAUUCUGGACAGCCCGGUAUUCCGCGCCCAGACAAAGGCUGAUCCGUAUCCUGCCCGCAUGGACGACCUGAGCUCUGCGAUCUUCUACUCGACAUGGAACCAGGCGAUCGCGACCGUUGUUCGGCGCAGUCCUACGAUCGACAUAUACCACGUGAACGACUACCACGGAGCACUGGUCCCGAUUUACCUGCUUCCGAAAGUGCUGCCCGUGUGUCUUUCGCUGCACAAUGCCGAGUUCCAAGGUCUGUGGCCGCUUCGGACCAAGGAGGAGAUGAAGGAGGUCUGCUCUGCGUUCAACAUCAGCAAGCAGCACUGCACGAAAUACGUCCAGUUCGGUAACACGUUCAACCUGCUCCAUGCCGCUGCGUCGUUCAUCAGUGCUCAUCAAAAGAGUAUCGGAGUCGCCGGUGUUUCCGACAAGUACGGGAAGCGCAGUUGGGCCCGGUAUCCUGCCCUUUGGACCCUGAAACACGUGGAUUCUUUGCCCAAUCCUGAUCCAACGGAUAUUGCUGCGCUGGACGAGACGCCGACCGAGAGCAAGGACGUCCAAAUCGACCAGGUGGCUGAGGCUGCGCGACCUGAACACAAGCGACAGGCCCAGGAAUGGGCUGGCAUCGCCCAAGACCCUUCCUCCGAUCUGUUUGUGUUUGUUGGUCGGUGGUCCAAGCAGAAGGGGGUCGAUCUCAUCGCUGAUAUCAUGCCUUCCCUGCUGGAGAAGAGGCCGUCGAUUCAACUCAUCGCUGUAGGCCCUGUGAUCGAUCUGUAUGGGCGAUUUGCGGCUGAGAAACUUGCUCGUCUGAUGGAACUGUAUCCUGAUCGUGUCUUCUCCAAACCCGAGUUCACAGCCCUGCCUCCCUACUUGUUCAGUGGAGCCGACUUUGCGUUGAUCCCAUCACGUGAUGAGCCAUUUGGUCUCGUUGCCGUUGAGUUUGGACGGAAGGGGGCUUUGGGUGUGGGAAGUCGGCUGGGCGGACUUGGUCUGAUGCCAGGUUGGUGGUUCCCGGUGGAAUCGAGCUCGACGGCGCAUAUGCUCUCGCAACUGUCGAAAACGAUCAAGAUGGCGCUGAAAUCGACUGAGGAAGAGCGUGCGAUUCUCCGUGCCCGAUCUGCCGUCCAACGAUUCCCCGUUGUGGAAUGGCGGCAGCGGAUGGAGGACUUCCACAAGCGAAGCAUCAACAUCAGCCGAGGGCUGGCUGGUGCCGAUGCCUGGCGCGAGUCGGACUGUGAUGGAGGUGCUGGUACGACUGCGAUCGCGCACACGGAUGACUGGGACCCGGUCGCUCAGACAUACCCGGCGCAGCCUGACUGGGACAAUCGGAGUAUGCGCAGUGUUGAUCCGCGGUAUGCUGCGGGAGCUCCCGGACAAUGGAGCGAAGAAACCCUUGCGCUUACGGGUGGUGAUCUGCAGACACCUCGGAUGAUCCAUGAUCGCGAGUCAACGUACAGCUCCGUUGGGUCCCAGGACGGUCCGGCCACACCAGAAGGCGACUACGACAACUUUUUGGAGCGUGCCAACCGUGUGAUUGGGAAAGAACAGCGACAUGCUCCUGACCCUUUUAUCGAUGGGAACCUGGCGCCUUCUCGGCCAUUCGGCUCUCACUCCCGGGUUUCUUCUGUGGAAUCCAUCUCUUCCAUCGUCGACGAAAAGUCCAACUCGCCUUUGAAUAAGGCGAUUGCAUCGUUUACUGAUGCCGAUGGAGGAGUGGCCUCUGAAUUCAUCCAGAAACUGCAAGCCCUGAAUGCCAAGAAUUCGGAGCACGAGCUGUCCAUUGAAAAGUUCUUGAUGAAGAGCGAGGAGGCCUUCUUCGGCAAAGUGCGCAAAGACAAGCUGUCGAGUGCUGCUAGCAUCAGAUCAUCGCGUCGGGAUUCCAUCUGGGGCUCGGCGCCACCUUCGUUGUAUUCCCGUCCUGAUUCUCCCAGCAUGCAUGGCUCGUUUGGCAUGGCAGAUUACGAUGGACCUAUGCACCCGGACUCAGUCCCUCAAGAUGUGGUUACCAUGACUCGCUUGCAGAUCUUCCUCCAGCGGGAGAUUGGUGGCUGGCCGCUGUACACUAUUAUCAUUGCCCUUGGUCAAAUGAUCGGAGCGACCAGCUUCCAGAUCACUCUGCUGACGGGCCGGAACUGGGAAGACAAUCUCCAGCUGUACGUUCUCGGUGGUGUUUUCCUGGCAGCAUCUUUCGUGUGGUAUCCCCUGUUCCGGCUGAAGCCUUCGGUGUACAUCUUGUCGUUCCCGUGGAUCUUCUUUGGCCUUGCGUUUUUCCUGAUCGGCCUUCCGUCGAUCGCUACAGCGAUUUCGCCUGCUCACCGCGUGCUGUCUAAUGUCGCGACGUGGUGCUAUGCCAUCGCCUCGGCUGCUGCAUUUGCGUUCUUCGGUCUGAAUUUCGGGGAGGAGGCCGGUGCUGCCACUGAAGUCUGGACGAUGCGGGCUUGCAUCGUGCAGGGCUCGCAACAGAUCUGGGUGGCUGCUUUGUGGUACUGGGGCUACACCCUCAAUUCCGUCGCCGACAACUAUGUCCCCCCGUGGUACAUCUGCGUCGUCGUUUGGCCCUUGGCUGUCCUCUGCUUUGUCUUCGCGUAUUUGAUGCUCUAUGGUCUUCCUGAUUAUUACCGCCAAACGCCUCCCAAAGUCCCGCACUUUUUGCAGACGCUUUUCCGCCGAAAGCUCGUUCUGUGGUUCCUUGCAUCAGAAGUGCUGCGUGAUUACUGGCUCAGUGGGCCCUAUGGUCGUAACUGGACUUUCCUGUGGAGCGUUAAUAUUCCCAAGUGGCAGAUCGCGCUCCUGGUCGUCGGUUUCUUCGUCGGUGUCUGGACGGCCAUGCUAGUAGUGUUGACCCACUUCAGCAAGACACACACGUGGCUGCUUCCUGUCUUCGCCGUGGGACUCGGUGCCCCGAGGUGGUGCCAGAUGCUUUGGGGAACUUCUUCGCUGGCACUCUAUAUUCCCUGGGCUGGGCAUGCAGGACCGUAUCUCGGGAUCUGUCUGUGGCUCUGGCUGGGAGUGCUGGAUGCGGUGCAGGGUGUGGGACUGGGAAUGAUCUUGCUCCAGACGCUCUCCCGGUUGCAUGUCUGUGCUACCCUUGCCUUCGCCCAGGUGAUAGGCUCUGUGUGUGUGAUGAUUGCUCGGGCCACUGCCCCGAAUCGGCUCGGGCCGUCGACCGUCUUCCCUGACGCUGCCAAGUGGGACUUUUCGCAGGGUCUCCAAGGCAGUCCGAUGGCACAGCCCAUGUUCUGGAUUGCACUUACGUGCCAAAUCCUUGUUGUGUCGGGCUACUUUUUCUUCUACCGUAAGGAACAGCUUUCGCGGCCAUGAUCGUCACGACUCUCGCUCUGUGUAUU